AUGUUGGGGAUUUGUUGUUCCACUUGUGAUGAUUCAUUGCGGCCAAAAGAUGAAUCAAAGCACCUACCGAAUUACAGUUUUUCUGGUUACUUUGAUUAUAGAAGGAUUUCUGAUUGGGAAGAUGUGACUCAGGAUGUGGUUGACCGCUCCUGGAAAUAUGUUCUACAAGAGACCGGCGAUAACGAAUGGAACACGAGGCAAUUAUACAAGGAAGCUGUGGCAAGAGUAGAGACACAAGCCAGAGCUGUUUAUGUGGAAGGAGACUCACGCAGUAGAGAAGAGUUUGUGAAAGUAAUGAUAGAGCAAGGUUGUUUCAUACUACAAGUAGCCUUAUGCUCCUUGGGUGGUCCAAAACCAUUGGGUUAUCCUCCAGAUGAUCCAUUUUUCGGCGAAAAAAGAUGGAAUAAGGAACAGAUUAAGUACUGGCUCACCUCUAUCUUUUAUAUCAAGAGCCAAAUCCCACUUGUAGUACUUAAGGUAUUGAUGAAACAGAGCUUCUUUCAAAAGGUACUGAAAUCUGGAAAAUGGAAAAGGCCUAAGGACUUGGCUAGGAUGGCUUUGUAUGAUUUCCUAGUUGAACCAAUGCUAUAUGAACCAGUUUACAAAGUAGACACUAUAAGAAGACUAAUGUGCUUUUUCAACAAGAGGAGCCGUCGUUUCCAUCAAGAACCCCUUACUCCACUCCAUGCUCUUUGGUUGCUAGUCACUGGACCAGUGGGCUUCUAUGGUGGUGGUGGUGGCGGUGCCAACUGUAUUGAGGAAGAUGAUGAGGGUGAUCACCUAUAUACAACCUUGUCUUCAGUACGAAAUAUUAUGGAACUGCAAGCAUCAGGAAUCAGUUUCAAGAGCGACAAAGGAUUGGGGACGAGACAGAUAAUGUUCAGGAAAAGAAUGUUAGAUGCUCAUCUUUACCUCCCCUGCAUCUACAUGGAAGAUGACACUAUGGCUUUGUUUCAGAAUCUGAUUGAUUAUGAAGUUGCUGUCGAUUUGGAUAUAAAUGGGCGUGAGGUUUCUGCAUAUAUAAGCUUCAUGAAAGAGCUCAUCCGUAGUCGUGAUGAUGUCAAAGUCCUUGUCACACAAGGAAUCAUCGAUACUAAUCCUGAUUUUGAAAAUGAAUUGCCUGGUAAAUUAUGGGGAUUGAAUGCAAUGGAAGUGGGAAACAGCCACAAUCUUGUUUCGAUUCGGCGCCAGAUUCGUAG